CGGUGACGGAGGCGCGCGCACAUGAUAAGCGCAUCUGAAAGUGGACGACAGCAUCACACCAGUAUCACAGAUUGUGUAAAGCUACUGACCUCAACAACAACAGCCACAGAGCAUCAUGGGAGGAGUCGCGCUGGACGACGGGCCCAGUGGGGUGAAGGCGCCAGAUGGCGGAUGGGGCUGGGCAGUUCUGUUUGGCUGCUUUGUCAUCACUGGCUUCUCCUACGCCUUCCCCAAGGCUGUCAGCGUCUUCUUCAAAGAGCUGAUCCGAGAGUUUGACGUCGGAUACAGCGACACUGCCUGGAUCUCAUCGAUACUGCUCGCCAUGCUGUAUGGCACAGGUCCUCUAUGCAGUGUGAUGGUGAACAGGUUUGGCUGCCGACCGGUGAUGAUGGUUGGAGGGCUCUUUGCCUCGUUGGGAAUGAUUCUCGCCUCGUUUGCCACCAGCAUCAUACACAUCUACCUCUGCACUGGAGUUAUAACAGGUCUGGGUCUUGCGUUGAACUUCCAGCCGUCUCUGAUAAUGCUGAAUCGAUACUUCAGUGAAAAACGACCUCUAGCCAAUGGCUUGGCAGCAGCAGGCAGCCCUGUGGCGCUGUGCUGUCUCUCCCCACUAGGACAGGUCCUCCAGUACAAUUAUGGCUGGAGGGGGGGUUUCCUCAUUCUGGGGGGCAUACUGCUCAACUGCUGUGCGUGUGGCGCCCUUAUGAGGCCCCUGUUGGCCCCUAAGAAACCUGCCAAUGAGCUGGAUGGGAUGCCCGCAGUGGAAGUGAAGAAGCCCGCGACUAAGAAGAAACUGUUGGACUUCAGCGUGUUCAGGGACCGAGGGUUCCUCAUCUAUACCAUCGCCGCGUCGGUCAUGGUGCUGGGCUUGUUUGUGCCCCCCGUGUUCGUGGUCAGCUAUGCCAAAGGCCUCGGCUACGAAGCCACUCAGUCGGCACUGCUGCUCACCAUACUGGGAUUUGUGGACAUGUUCGCUCGUCCCCUCGCAGGACUCGUAGCUGGCAUGAAGUCCGUGCGACCCAAAUGCAUCUACCUGUUUGCCUUUGCGAUGAUCUUCAACGGGAUCACCGACCUAGGGGGAUCACAGGCGACUGACUACACGGGUCUCGUGAUCUUCUGCAUAUUCUUCGGGAUAUCGUACGGCAUGGUGGGGGCACUGCAGUUCGAGGUCCUCAUGGCGAUCGUGGGGACGGAGAAGUUCUCCAGUGCCAUCGGCCUGGUGCUGCUGAUGGAAGCUAUCGCUGUGCUGUUGGGACCUCCUGGAGCAGGUCGCCUCUUGGAUGCCACGCACAAGUACAUGUACAUCUUCCUGUUGGCGGGCUGCGAGGUCACACUCUCUGCCUUUAUUUUGACCUUUGGAAACUGCUUUUGCAUGAGCAAGAAACCGGAAGACCCGCAGGCCAAGCUGGAGAUGGCGGUGACCGCCGCCGAGAGAGAGGGACUGAACUGUGUGGGGGACGGAGGGGACGAGGAGCCAAAGGACGGGGAGCAUGCGAAGGAGAAGGUGACGCCGAUGAAGGAGAGCGGAGAGCCAAACACUGAGACGUCUUUAUAGAGAACAAGUGGAGCGGAGGCAAGAGACGAACUUUGCCCUCAAGUGUGCACACACACACACACACACACAAGAAAUAGUGUUUAACAGUGUGAUAUACAGUUCUGUGCUAAAGUCUCAGGGCACCAGCAGCGUUGUUGAUUCGAUGUGGGUCAAACUCUGUGACCAGUGGCACCUGGAUUGGAAUGGUGUGACUGAACGUUGGUCUUGUACAGUGGGGCAAAAAAGUAUUUAGUCAGCCACCGCUUGUGCAAGUUCUCCCACUUAAAAUGAUGACAGAGGUCUGUGAUUUUCAUCAUAGGUACACUUCAACUGUGAGAGACAGAAUGUGAAAAAGAAAAUCCUGGAAAUCACAUUGUAGGAUUUUUAAAGAAUUUAUUUGUAAAUUAUGGUGGAAAAUAAGUAUUUGGUCACCUACAAACAAGCAACAUCUCUGGCUCUCACAGACCUGUAACUUCUUCUUUAAGAAGCUCUUCUGUCCUCCACUCAUUCCCUGUAUUAAUGGAACCUGUUUGAACUUGUUAUCUGUAUAAAAGACACCUGUCCACAGCCUCAAACAGUCAGACUCCAAACUCCACCAUGGCCAAGACCAUAGAGCUGUCGAAGGACACCAGGAACAAAAUUGAAGACCUGAACCAGCCUGGGAAGAGUGAAUCUACAAUAGGCAAGCAGCUUGGUGUGAAUAAAUCAACUGUGGGAGUGAUUAUUAGAAAAUGCAGAGAGCUGGGACCAAAGUAACAAAGGUUACCAUCACUAACGCACUACGCCGACAGGGCAUCAAAUCCUGCAGUGCCAGACGUCGUCCCCCUGCUUAAGCCAGUACGUGUCCAGGCCCGUCUGAAGUUUGCCAGAGAGCGUAUGGAUCGGGAGAAUGUCAUGUGGUCAGAUGAAACCAAAACAGAACGUUGUGGUACAAACUCAACUCGUCGUGUUUGGAGGAAGAGUUGCAUCCCAAGAACACCAUACCUACUGUGAAGCAGGGGGGUGGAAACAUCAUGCUUCGGGGCUGUUUUUCUUCAAAGGGGACAGGACAACUGAUCCGUGUUAAGGAAAGAAUGAAUGGGGCCAUGUAUCGUGAGAUUUUGAGCCAAAACCUCCUAGAAGAUGAAACGUGGCUGGGUCUUCCAGCAUGACAAUGACCCCCAAACACACCACCCGGGCAACGAAGGAGUGGCUCCGUAAGACGCAUUUCAAAGUCCUGGAGUGGCCUAGCCAGUCUCCAGACCUCAACCCCAUAGAACAUCUGUGGAGGGAGUUGAAAGUCUGUGUUGCCCGGGCGACAGCCGCAAAACAUCACUGCUCUAGAGGGGAUCCGCAUGGAGGAAUGUGCCAAAAUACCAGCUACAGUGUGUGCAAACCUGGUGAAGACCUACAUUAGACGUUUGACCUGUCAUUGCCAACAAGUUGGCAGGUUAUAUUACAAAGUAUUGAGUUGAACUUAUUUUCCACCAUCAUUUACAAAUAAAUUCUUUAAAAAUCCUACAAUGUGAUUUCCAGGAAAAUUACAGACCUCUGUCAUCAUUUUAAGUGGGAGAACUUGCACAAGCGGUGGCUGACUAAAUACUUUUUUGCCCCACUGUAUAUUCGCAGGUUUGUUUUUUUUUUACAGCAGAUAUUUGUUGACAAGUAGUAAGAACUAACACAGGUGUUAUUAGUUAGGGCUUUAAGUUUAAGGGGAGGUCGCACAAAAUAUUUGACACGUUUAACUGUAGAGGCUUCUUUUACUUGUUUUCUCUCACUCUUUUUAUUAUUUGUUAUUUUAAAACUACAUACUCUCUGGAUGUGUUCCAAUAAAGUGAUACGUCGUUAUACCAUAUGGUCAUAAAAUUGCUAAAUCAACAAAUCUAUUGGUGGCCCAAGACUUUUGCACAGUAGUGUACAUGGACCCAAAUAGAGAAUGAAGGGAACAAAGUGGGGUUAAGAAUGAAAACUACUGAAAUCUAGUUUAAUAAAAUGCAGAGAAGUGAUUUUAUCCAAACUGAAUUGAAUGCAACAUGCUCUCUCUCUUGCCUUUAACAUGCAGUUAUAGCAACACACCAACUUUUUUCUUUUUUUUCCAAUAUUGACAUUUAAAUCUGUUUGAUGGGUCAUUGACUUGUAAUAAGAGAGAAUGGCGCUUCUUUCAUUCUCCAUGUACGGCUUGAGGGCUCAAAUUGCCGGUCAGACCCAGUAAGUUGUCGACAAGUUAAAGCUGUGGUGCGUAACUUUUGCGUUGACUUUGUCGAUGUUAUUAUUCUGCCUCUUUUUAUUCUUUGUGAACAGAAACUAUGUAAAGUGGUUAGCAUGCUGCGCCCCUCCAUCACAAAAUGGGCACUUUGAAGCAAUACUAUCAGCGUACAUACGGCAGCAGCAGCAGGGGCAGGUGGGGGCAUGACGCAUUUGUCCCGUCAACCUGCGGAAUGACUGAUAGUUUCCUUUUUCUUUAAUUUUUCUACAACAGUAGAAUCCAGCUCUGAAACUUUCCCUGGGUGCUUGUUUGUGUUUUCAGUCAUUCUUCACCCCGGCUGCAGCCACCUCACUCUCACUAGAAUAUCGCUAGGCAACACAAGAUCUAACCACUGUUAUUCUGAGAAACACGGAGAACAUCAUGGAUGAGCUGUCACGGAUAUUUGUUUAUGUUUUAGUUACACGCUACAGCUUUAACGAAUACAUCUGCUGUCACCGCGGUGUGUGUUUGCCACAGCAACAACCAGCGAAUGUUCCACAGUGUUGCUUUAAAAGAAGCCACACCACAUACUUGACGUGCUGCAAAUUAAGCAAUCCCUUCGGUGUUACGGUUUCCUACUGUGUCAAACACAGAAAAACUUUGGGGUUCCAGUUUUCACCAGAUUCUUUCUUUCUCAGCCCUGAUUUUCCCAGUCUGGUCUUCAUGCUGCCUUUUCUGCAGUUUUAAAAUCAUAUCACAGCCUUCAUCAGCACAUGGACCUAGUUCGGGUGUCCUCUCCACAUCUAAUGUGGGGAUUUUUAUUAUUCUUCCAAAUGAGUUCACCAACAAUUACUCACCAUUUCUCAUCACAUGACUCCCAUGACUGAAGUACAGCAACAAGUGAGGGGAAAAAAAAAACAACAGCUUGUGAGUGUGCACGUACAGGCACUGGAUCCCACGCUCACAACAUUUCAUUUCACGCUUUCAAUUUCCUUUGUUACAUUCUUGUGUUUUAUUUAUUCCAGGUAUUUAUUGAAAUGUGUUGUUUUUUUUAAACCACUAGGGGGACAACUCAAAACAUACACAAUAACUGUUAAAGCAUAACCGCAUUGCUUUGAAGUCCGAAGUCUGUCUGCUUUGUCCCGUGUGUGUGUGUCGUAUGAGCCGUGUGUAACACUCGCCUGAUGACAAUGUAUGCAGGAUACUCGGUUUGUGUGUGCAAUAUAUUUGUAGUUAUUGCUGAUCAUACAUAUGCCCUACAUCGUCUUCACUGUUCUGGGGGUGGGGUGUGGGUGGGGAAUUUGCAAUUACUGUUACUGGACGCUGCUGUGAUGUUGCGUUGUGUGUGUCUCAGAUACCAGAUGCCGUGAUGUAUGUGUGCUCCAUGCCUUUUUGUAGAUCUGUUGGAUACAACGCUCAUCAGACCAAUACUAGAAAGCUUUUACUCGUGUGGUGAAGAAAUGUAUCGCACAUCCUGCUGCACUAGCACUUUCUUCUGACUAAUGUCUAAUACACUGCUAGUUGUUCCCAAAUAAAUAUAUUUUUGGUGGAGAAAAAGAUUUUUUUUUUCAAAUUUAUUCUAACAGUCACCAAAUACAGGGUCGCUUCAUUGCACCUUUGUGGCACAAUCAAACCUGAUAUUUGUACAUAACCUGAUAUUUGCAAUAAAAGGUCUUGUUGUGUUUGA